AUGUCUGCAGUCAAGUGGGACGCUAGAAAUCUCGGGCCUGUGCCCCACGACCUUGCCUACUACUCCAAGUGUAUGCUUGGUGGUGUCCUCGCCUGCGGUGUGACACACGCCGGCAUCACCCCUCUUGAUGUUGCCAAGUGCAACAUGCAGGUCAACCCCCAAAAAUACAACGGUCUUAUUCCUUCCCUCAAGACCCUCGUCGCCGAGGAAGGUUCCAAAGGAAUCUGGAAGGGUUUCGGUCCUACUUUCGUCGGCUACUCUCUCCAGGGAAUGUUCAAGUAUGGUCUCUACGAAGUCUUCAAGGAUUACUACAUGAACUUGGCCGGCGAGGAGCUUUCUAACAAGUACAAACCCGCUAUCUGGUUGGCUGGUUCCGCCUCUGCUGAAGUCUUCGCUGAUAUCGCUCUCUGCCCUCUUGAGAUGGCCAAGGUCAAGAUUCAGACCAGUGCUAACGGUACUUUCCCCACCUCGUUCGGCGCCGCUAUCAAGGAGAUGAACCGCACCAAGCUCGAGACCCGCUUCCCCUUCGGCUCCCUCGUUCCUCUUUGGUCCCGUCAAAUUCCUUACACCAUGGCCAAGUUCUUCUUCUUCGAAAAGAUCGUCCAGCUCUUCUACACUCAUGUCUUCACCGAGCCCAAGGAAACCUAUAACAAGGGCACUCAGCUCGGAGUCACAUUCGCUUCUGGUUACCUCGCCGGUGUUGUUUGCGCUAUCGUCUCCCACCCCGCUGAUUCCCUCGUCUCUCAACUCGGAAAGGCCAGCAACAAGGGCAAGUCUAUUGGUCAGAUCGUCGGAGAGGUUGGCUACGUUGGUCUCGCCACAAAGGGUCUCGGUACUCGUGUUAUCAUGAUUGGUACUCUCACUGGCUUCCAAUGGUGGAUCUAUGAUUCAUUCAAGGCUGCCAUGGGUAUGGGCACCACUGGUGGAAAGUAA